CAGAAAUUUUUGAAAACACUUACCUCUGCUCAACCCAACUCAAGUCCCAGAAGAAGCAAUGAACUGUUCUUCAGAGAAGACCCAUAUGGUGAUGCUCCCAUUCAUGGCUCAAGGCCACAUUAUUCCUUUCUUAGCACUCGCAAAGCAAAUCCAGCAACGUUCACAUGUCUCCAUCACCAUUGUCUCCAGUCCUCUCAACAUCCACCACCUCAAAUCCACAGCUUCUCCUUCAUCCACCAUUAGCUUCGCAGAGCUUCCCUUCUGCAGCUCCGACCAUGGCCUCCCACCCAACUCCGAAAACACAGACUCUCUACCUUUAUCUCAAAUCAUCGCCCUCUUCCAUGCCUCACAGACCCUCCAACCUUCUUUCCACCUUCUCAUCUCCGAAAUGAUCCAACAAGAAUGCCGCCAACCUCUCUGCAUCAUCUCUGAUGUGUUCAUGGGUUGGGCUGUAAACGUUGCCCGAAGCUUCGAUACACCUCAUUUUAUUUUCACUACCUGCGGAGCUUUUGGAACCGCCACCUAUUUCUCAAUGUGGUCGCACCUCCCUCACCGUGACACUACCUCUGAUGAAUUCUCUGUCCCGGGAUUUCCUGAAACUUGUAAGUUUCGUCGAUCACAGCUUCAUCCAAUGCUGAGAGCCGCAGAUGGUACUGAUCUCUUUUCUAAAUUUUUCCAGAAACAGAUUUCGCUCUCUUUGGGCACUGAUGGGAUGCUCUGUAACACAAUAGAAGAGAUUGAACCUAUGGGGCUUGAUCUAUUGAGAAAGAACACUGGACUUCCUGUUUGGACUGUUGGGCCUCUCCUUCCUCUAUCACUGCUCAAUCGUUCUUCUUCUUCUUCUUCAUCGUCGUCCCCUUUGAAUGUGUCCUUCUCACGCUCAGGAAAGGAACCCGGAAUCGCCAUGGAAAACUGCAUCAAUUGGUUGAAUUCUCACCCACCAAAUUCGGUUUUGUACAUUGCAUUUGGGUCUCAGAACACAAUCAGCUCUACCCAAAUGAUGGAACUUGCAUUGGGUUUGGAGCUUAGUGGGAAGCCGUUCAUCUGGGUCGUGAGACCUCCAAAUGGGUUCGACAUUAAUGCUGAGUUUAGAGCAGAGUGGUUGCCAAAAGGGUUCGAAGAGCGAGUGAGGAAGAGAAAGCAAGGAAUGGUGGUGCACAGAUGGGCACCUCAGUUGGAGAUUCUUUCACAUGGAUCGACAGGAGGUUUUCUGAGUCACUGUGGAUGGAAUUCGGUGUUGGAGAGCUUAAGCCAAGGGGUACCCAUUAUAGGGUGGCCAAUAGCAGGGGAACAAGCUUAUAAUUCGAAGAUGAUGGAAGAGGAGAUGGGUGUGUGUGUGGAGCUGACUAGAGGAGUUGAGAGUUGGGUUGGAAAGGAAGAAGUGGAAAGGGUUGUUAAAAUGGUGAUGAGUAAGGAAGGAAAAGGGGAAGAGAUGAAGAGGAAAGCUAUGGAGAUUGCAAAGAAGAUAAGGGACUCAGUGAGGGAAGAUGGAGAUCAGAAGGGGUCUUCUCUUAAGGCACUUGAUGAUUUUCUUGAGGCUCUUGUGUGUAGUUGGAUUGUAGUGGAUUGACCAAUUGGGACGUUCUAUAGAUUCUUAAUUCCUGCUUUUCUGGGCCUCCAAGUGCAUUCGCAGAGGAAGUCGUUUCCUUCUGCUUACUUUACUGUGACUGAACUGAAGAAGUCUUCGGAUAGAUGAAAAUUUUGAUUUUACAACGAUGUCUUUCUUGGUCCAUGUCUAUCUGAAGAUCCAUUAUAUAUUUUGGAAA